ACACAAAGUGCUCCUGGGUAGACCGGCGGCCACACGGUGACCUUGAAGCCAUUCAGUGUGCCCAGCUGCUGCUGGUAUCAUGUACCGGGUGCAUCGGAGUGGCACGGCCAUGGCCGCGCUGUGGAGGGUGGCUGCGCCCACGCUGAGGAGAGUUCCGCCAACAACUUGCAUCCCAACUAUUCGAUUGCUUGCAAGCCAAUCAGGGGCGCAGAAUGAAGGCAAAAGUGUUGUCAUCACCGGGUGUGAUACUGGAUUUGGAUUUUCACUGGCCCAGCACCUGCACAAAAAAGGAUUCAGAAUCUUUGCAGGGUGCCUAUUAAAGGAUAAAGGUGGGGAAGGAUCUAAGAAGCUGGAGGAUAUGAAGAGUGAUCGGAUGGUUGUGAUUCAGUUAGAUGUUUGCAAAGAUGAGGACGUGGAGAAAGCAGUAGAAUUUGUGAAAGAACAUUCAAUGGAUUCGGAAAAAGGUCUCUGGGGACUGAUUAAUAAUGCUGGCAUCUCAACUUUUGGUGAAGUAGAGUUCACCACCAUGAAAACAUAUAAGGAGGUUGCAGAAGUUAACUUGUGGGGGACAAUCCGAAUGACCAAGGGUUUCCUUCCAUAUAUUCGCAGAGCAAAAGGUCGUGUGGUUAACAUCACAAGUAUGCUGGGACGAAUGGCCAAUCCAUCACGCUCUCCUUAUUGCGUCACUAAAUUUGGAGUGGAAGCAUUCUCGGACUGCUUGCGCUAUGAAAUGCAUCGCUGGGGGGUUAAAGUUAGUGUUGUUGAGCCUGGUAACUUCAUUGCUGCCACCAAUCUGUACAGUCCUGAACGUGUCAAAAUGAUCUUAGAAACUAUGUGGAACGAACUGCCAGACAUUGUCCGUAAAGAUUAUGGGAAGGCCUACUUUGAUGAACAGGGUGAUAAAAUGAAAUCUUAUCUUGCGGGCGGUUCCAUCGACCUUUCGAUAGUUAUUAACAAUGUCACUCAUGCGUUGACAUCUGCAUCCCCCUACACCCGCUACCAUCCAAUGGAUUACUACUGGUGGCUGAGGAUGCAGAUUAUGACACACUUUCCUGCAGCUAUAUCUGACCGGAUAUACAUUCAUUGAAAUAAUUGUCAAUCUGUUGCCUGCUAUUUUUUUAAUAGGCUUUGUACCUUCUUGCUCAUGAAAGUAAUAAUUAAAAUGGUUGGCAUAGUGUUUUAAUAUAACGGUUACACAGUUGAAUAUGAGAAGAAUUCAAUAAUUUAUUAAUUCUUUUCAGUAAUUUCCAUAACUUGAAUUAUUUGGAUUUAUACGGGAAGCAUUACAGCAGCACAUAUGGAACUAAGUUUGCAAACUUACUGCAUGGUGAUACAGAAGGGAUAUUAUAAUUCUAGCUUUCUGUAAUAUUAGAUUCCUGAAUUGUAAUGUAAGGAUAUUACAGUUGCUGACUUGGCUCCUAAAAUAACAUCUUGCUAAACUACUGGAGAGUUUUUAAAUCAUUUCAUAGGAUAUGGAUGUGGUUUGUGAGAUGAGCAUUCAUUGCCUGACCUCCAGCACAACUGGAAAUCUUCAGCGCAUCUUUAACAGGCAUGGAUAGUCCCAGUGUUUUUGCAAUCAAGCAAGUACUUUCCAAAGUGCAAUAACAAUUGUAAUGCAAGCAGUCAGGUUACAACGAGUAAUUUUCUUUUGCAUUGUUAAUUGACGAUCAGAUAUUGGUUAGAACACCAAAGAUAACUCCCCUAUUUUUUUGGAGUUGUUCUAUUAGCAGGGAAAUGGGGGCCUUGAUUUAACAUUAAAUCCACUAAUGGAACAUUCCCUCAAAACUGUAUUGAUGUGCCAACCCUUAUGCCCAAGUCUUCAUAAUGGUGUUUGAACUCAAAAUCUUGUUAUUACAGAGGGUACAUUCCUUCUACUGAAGGUGCUCCAGUGUUAGUGGAUAGCACGUUUCUGAAUGUUUCAAUAAAGGAAUGAGUAAUUUCCAAAUCAGGAUGGUGUGUGACUUAGAAGUGCACAUAUUUCAACAUAAGUGCUGUCCCUGUCCUUGAAAACAGUGCAUUUGCGAAAUGUUUCUAAGAAGCCUUUGCACCUUCUCAGGUCUUCAUCCCUUAAGUUCAUGUGAAAUGUUGAUGAAAUGCACUAUUAACUCUAGUUCAAUAAAUAGUCAGGGAAUAUGAAGGACAUUUUGAGCUGUACCUUGAGCAUUUCUUUAUGUUCUCAUGAAAGCUGUUACCUCUGGUGCCUCUUCUGUGGAGCUGUUCAUCAUUUGCCAGCCAAGACCUGAACUUCGCAUUUGAUGAAAACGCAGUUACAGAAGCAGUUUAGUUUGACUGUGAACUAUUUUAGUCAUCUACCUGUCCCAAACUUGCACCCUGUGUUUGUCUUUGGAAAUAUAAGCACUUUUUUUUUGCAUUAAAGAACACAUCCUGCACAGUUUUCAUAUGAUUUUGUAUAUUUAUAUCUGUCCUGCUUCCUGAAAAGACCAAGCAUUAAAUAAAACUUUAACAGGAAUCCUUAGACAAUAAAGUACUCUGCUUUUUUUUCAUAGAUAACUAAUCCCCUUUUCUAAAUGCAGCAAAAAUUGUAAGUUACUUUGACAUUGGUGUGCAUUUUUGUGGGGCCUUUAAAGGUAAUUCAGCAAAAUUGCC